AUGGUCGUCUCGGAGCUGACGGCGUCUGCCGUCGCCAUGAAGUCCUCGCCGCCAUCGGAGAGAGGCGAGAGCAGCAGCAACAGCAUAGAAGCAAAGCUGCAGCCUCUCCAAAACUGCGCGAAGCAGGGCAGCUCGCCAUUUGUCAAGGCCUAUGCCGACAGUCUCGUGGCGUGGCAGCUGCUGGACAACGAGGCUGUUGAACGGGCGAGGAGGGAGAACAAGCUCAUCUUCCUGCACAUCGGAUAUAGGGCCUGUCACUUCUCUCGCCUCAUGGCUAUCGAGUCCUUUAUGAAUCCCGACUGCGCCGCCGUCCUGAACCACUCCUUCAUCCCCAUCAUCGUCGACCGCGAAGUCCGCCCCGACAUCGACACCAUUUACAUGAACUACGUCCAGGCCGUCAGCAACUCUGGAGGAUGGCCGCUGAACCUCUUCCUCACGCCUGAGCUGGAGCCCGUGUUUGGCGGCACCUACUGGCCCGGCCCCAGCGUCGCCAGGAGGGCCACAGAGGAGCACGGCGACGAGCCCUUGGACUUCCUCGUCAUCCUGAAGAAAGUGCGCAACAUCUGGAAGGAUCAGCAGGCCAGAUGCCGCAAAGAGGCAACCGAGGUCAUUGGCCAACUGCGUGAAUUUGCGGCCGAGGGCACGCUGGGGAAACGAAGCAUCGCGGCUCCACAGCAACAGCAGAUCGCUCCCGCUGGAUGGGCUGCUCCGGCGACCAACCAGCCCGCGGCCAAGGCGGGCGAGAGCAGCGCCGUGUCCAGCGAGCUGGAUCUUGACCAGCUCGAGGAGGCUUAUACACACAUUGCCGGGACGUUUGACCCGGUGUAUGGCGGAUUCGGACUGGCACCCAAGUUCCUGACGCCGCCCAAGCUGGCCUUUUUGUUGAACCUUGUCAACUUCCCCUCUCCAGUCCAGGAUGUCGUGGGCGAGGCCGAGUGUAAGCAUGCACUGGACAUGGCUGUGGAUACCCUGCGCAAGAUUCGCGAUGGCGCACUGCACGAUCAUAUUGGGAGGACUGGUUUUGCUAGGUGCUCAGUGACCCCCGAUUGGAGCAUACCCAACUUUGAAAAGAUGGUGACCGAUAACGCAUCCCUUCUACAACUAUACCUCGAGGCGUGGCAAAGGAGUGGUGGGAAGGAGGACAGCGAAUUUUACGAUGUCGUCGUCGAGCUUGGCGAGUAUCUUACAUCUCCGCCCAUUGCCCUGCCCAACGGUGGCUUUGCCUCCUCUGAAGCUGCCGACUCAUCCGCGAAGAAGGGAGACGGUGAGAAGAGAGAGGGAGCAUACUACCUUUGGACGCGGCGCGAGUUUGCUUCCGUUGUCAAUUCUGAGGACGGACAUAUUAGCCCCAUGGUGGAAGCCUACUGGGACGUGCAGGAAGACGGAAAUGUGGACGAAGACCAUGACCCGAACGACGACUUUAUCAACCAAAACAUUUUGAGGAUACGGAAAACGCCCGAAGAGCUGAGCAAGCAGUUUAAUGUUCCCGUCGAGACGGUGAAGAAGAACAUUGAAACUGCCAGAAUGGCUCUAAAGAAGAGGCGAGAGAAAGAGCGGCCGCACCCUGAUGUGGAUGACAAGGUUGUCGCUGGCUGGAACGGGCUGGUAGUAUCGUCUCUGGCGCGGACGUCGACGGCCUUGAAGGAGCUCAACCCGGAGAAGAGCCAAAAGUACCUGAACAAAGCCAAGGAGUGCGUGGCCUUUAUCAAGGAGAAGCUGUGGGACGUGAAGAACAAGAUCCUGUACCGGAUAUGGAGCGACGGCAGGCACACUGAAGGUUUUGCGGACGACUAUGCGUAUCUGAUCCAUGGUCUUUUGGACCUCUUUGAUGUUACCGGCGACGAAAGCUACGUUGAAUUCGCCGACGAGCUGCAGACUUUCUACUCGACAACCGCAAACUCUCCGCACACGAUCCUGCGUCUCAAGGACGGCAUGGACACGUCCCUGCCUUCCACCAACGGCGUCUCCGUGUCCAACCUGUUCCGAUUGGGCGAGCUGCUGGAAGAUGAGAAAUUCACUGCCUAUGCACGGGAGACGAUCAACGCCUUUGAAGCCGAGAUGCUGCAGCACCCAUGGCUGUUCCCCGGCCUGCUGGGCGGUGUCGUAGUGGCCAGGCUGGGAUUGGGCCUGGAGAGGAAGACUAUGAAUGUGCGGUACAAGGCGACGCGGCAGAAGGCAUAA